GAAAAUGAAAAUGAAAAUAAAAAUAAAAAUAAAAUAAGAAACAAACAAAACAAAACAAAUAAUUUGGGAUCUGUCGUUCUUCGAGCAGAUCAGAUCCGGGGUUCAAAUUCAUCGUCUUCAUCCUAUUUCCCCCAUCGCCAUUUUUGCAGCUUCAAAGGCUGCAAUUUUAUAAUUAUUGGCGUUGCUGCUUAACUAAGCUUUACUAGUUAAUCAUGUCUGAGCAUAUCAAAGUGACCGAACGAGUGGAUGGAGAUGAACAUGUUGGAUCUGAAGAAUCUAUGUCGUCUUCUCGGAAGGAGGAGGAAGUUAUAAAGAAAAAAUAUGGAGGAAUUGUUCCCAAGAAGCCACCACUCAUUUCGAAGGAUCAUGAACGUGCUUAUUUUGAUUCUGCUGAUUGGGCAUUGGGAAAGCAAGGAGUUGAGAAGCCUAAAGGACCUUUAGAAGCUCUUCGACCGAAAUUACAGCCAACACAACAGCAAACACGAUACAGGAAGUCUCCUUGUGCUCCAUCAGAUGGCGAAGAUGGAGGAACUGCUCCAAAUGAAUAUGCAACUCCGAAUGAAUGAAGAACAGCUUCUUCUAGUGCUUGUUGUAGCUGUUUUGUUGUAUCUCACUCCUGUGGAAUGCCUAUCUAGGUAUGAGCAAUUUUCUUUUGUUUUUUAGAAUACAAUUGCUCGGGUUCAGGAUUUGUUAUUGUGUUUACAUUAAGAAUAUCUAUUGUAUGGAGAAUGGUAACUACAUUGAUCUAUUUCAUAUUUGUCAUUGAUUACAAUUGACAAAUAUUAUGACUUAUUUUAUGAGUCAUUCAAAAACGUUUUAGUAGAUUUCUGAGAUUUUGUGUAUUCUA